CCUCAUAUGCCCUAGCGGUGUCGAUGGCAUCUCUUUCCGGCCAUGGCCAGCCUGCGCUGGGAUAUUUCAUCUUCUCUUCCGGGCCUCAGCAGCCAUCGCAGAGCCCGCAGCGGGGUAAAAUAGAGUACAAGGCGCUGCAGAACGCAAGGCUCUGAGGGCUGCCUAGCCACUGCGAAAGCCACACUGUGGCUGGCACCAGCCCGCAUUACGAGUCAACCGCUAUCCGCCUUGGCCCAGUGACAAUUCAACUCAGCCUUGGACCUUUUCGCUGCGAUAGACAAUCCUCACCAACCCUCGCAUAUCUCGCCGCAGCCCCGACUCCACCAGCGCCGUCCUUGUGCUUCGCCCUACGGCUCGGCGCAGGCUUUCGAAUGAGAUAGGCAGCCAGUUUUGCGACUUUGUUCAGCAUUGGGCCACGAGCCCUCGCACUCAGCCAUCCCGCAUUGUCGUCGUCUUCUAGCCCCAUCUGUUUGAAAGUGAUUGGCGCCGACAAUGGAGACUUUCAAAUCCCUUUUCGCAAAGCCGGAUCCCCAGCAGCAGAUGCGAAAAUGUAAUCAGCUGAUCCGCUCCAACGUCCGAAAGCUCGAUCGCGAUAUCGCUCAGCUCAAGCAGGUCGAGAUCAAAACCAAGAACCUAAUCAUACAAGCGGACAAGCGUGCCCAGCGAGAGCCUUCAAGGGCCAAGCAGGCGCAGAAGGAUAUUCGAACUUUUGCGGGCGAGCUUGUGCGUACGCGGAAGGCGUCGGCGAGGCUUGUCACGACAAAAGCGACGCUCAACUCGGUACAAAUGCAGGUCAGCGAGGCUUUUGCCGUCCGGAAGAUCGAGGGCUCCAUCCGGGCCAGUGUCGGUAUCAUGAAGGACGUCAAUUCACUCAUCCGAUUGCCCGUGCUAUCUGAGACGAUGCGUGAGCUUAGUGUCGAAUUGAUGAAGGCGGGCAUCAUUGAGGAGAUGAUUGACGAGACAUUGCCCGAGGACAUGGACAUGCUAGAAGAUGAAGAAGCAGAGGGCGAGAUUGACAAGGUCCUGGGAGAGGUCCUCAAGGACAAGAAAGAGACGGCUCUGCCUACCACACCGCUCCCCGAACCGGAGAAGCCGGUUGCGGAGGAAGAAGAGGACGAGGAAGACGCCGAGGCAAUGAUGGAUCAGAUGAGAAAUCGAUUAGAUGCUUUGCGCAGCUAGAGUGGGAACAAGUCGUUGACAUCCCGCAUACUUUGGAUUAAAGGCAGCGGUGUUUUGGCGUCUGGUUUUCUGGGGCAGUGCUUGACGCGCAUGUACAUACAUAAUUCUCCGGGAGGAAGGAAAGGGAACCGUUCUGCUCCAUUUUCCAUUUUCAUAUAGGUAUACACUUUCUGAGCGACAUGGUAUUGGCAGGUCUGUUCAUUCUAGGGUAGAGAGCCAUGUGACUCCCUUUACUGCUCCAAUCUAGAUCUCUCUUAUUUAUUGUCUCCAUUU